GGCUCAUCCUCUGUGAUCGCGCGACCACACGUUUUCGAGAAAAUUUUUUUCGCCGCAAAGGGGCCAGGAGGGUUUCAAUGGGCGGGGGAAGAAAUUCGAUCGAUAAUUGUUCGUUGGCUCUGUUAAUUACGCUGGUUGCGGUAGUUGCGAGCGGUUUUAACUGGAAUACGAGGGUGACGACCAAGUUUGGCGACAUUAAAGGACUUUGGAGCAGGAGCUCGAGAGGGAGGCUCGUGGCGCAUUAUCUGGGUAUUCCUUACGCUCGACCGCCUCUGGGCGACUUGAGAUUUAGGAGCCCUCAGCCAUGGGAUCGAAAGUGGAACGGGACCUUCGAAGCUACGAAAAAUAGCCCAUCGUGCUGUCAGAUGUCAAAGGAUGGGAGCAUGAUUGGAGAAGAGGAUUGUCUCUAUCUCAAUAUUUACGUACCAAAAGAAAUUUCAGAAAAAGAGAACAGUGGGCUUCCGGUAAUGGUAUACGCAUACGGUGGAAAAUUCUCCACCGGUAACGCUAGCAGCUACAAAUUUCCACCAGAUUAUAUAAUGGAUCAGGAUGUAAUCUUGGUUGUGAUGAAUUAUCGUUUAAAUCUUUUAGGAUUCUUCAGCACAGCCAGCAGAGCCAGCCCAGGCAACUACGGUCUAAAAGACAUCGUGCAGGCGUUGCGUUGGAUCCAGGAAAACAUCCGCUCGUUCGAUGGGAAUCNNAACAAAGUGACCCUGUGGGGUCACAGCGCUGGCGCUGCCGCCAUUCACAUGUUGGCCCUUAACAAAAAAACGGAGGGAUUGUUCAACAGGUACAUCCUGCAAAGCGGGUUCGCCGUCAGCCCUUGGGUCAUGAAUCCCAGAAGCUUGAUGAGAAGGGUGGCGCUCGAGAUAGCCAACCAUCUUUAUUGUCUUCCUUUCAAAAGGAACGGGAAAGAGAAGGAGAAGGAUAAGGGAUACGAGGAAAUGGGAGAUGAGGCGGGUCGGGAGAAGAAAGGACCGACGUAUAUAUCGGAUGUGGCGAUUAGUGGAAGUGGAAUGGAAAAUGAGACGGAAAAAUACAGCGAGGAGGAGGAGGAAGAAAUGAUGAAGUGUUUGAGGAAUGUUGAAGUCGAACACUUGGGGAAUAUACUGAAUAUUUAUUACAAUGUAUUGAAGGUGCCAUGCUGCCUUUUUCUACCAACCAUCGAGGAGGAAUCAAACGACGCUGUCGUGACGAUGCAUCCCUUAACAGCGAUAAAAAAACGCUUAUUCAGAGAUAUACCAUUUAUUAUGGGAGUAGUUCAGGAAGAAGGACUCGUGAAUACGAUCGGAUACGUGACGGACACCGCCAAGCAAGAUGAACUGAUAAAUAAUUUCGAGACACACGUGGCUCUAUUGACGAAGUACAAUCGGAUAAUUUCAAACUUCACACCCUUGGCCGAGCCCAUAGAGAAAUUCUACUUCGAGGGAAACGUGUCCUCGAUGGAGGAAAUUCAAAAUAUUACGAACGUCUCGAGCGAUGGCUUCCUAUUCUACUCAGCGUAUCAAACGUUGAAGUACCAAUCGAAAGUAAUGAAUUCGAGCACGUAUUUUUAUUUGUUCAAUUACGAGGGUACGUUCACCCACCUUUUUACCCUUGGAUACCAAACCCGUUACGGAGUCUCGCACAGUGACGACUUGAACUACUUACUACCUAUAUUGAACGUGAAAUUAAAGGAUCUAAUGUUGCACAAUACAGAAAACGAUAUCACUAUGAUCAACAUAAUGACCGAAUUGUGGACCAAUUUCGCAAAUACGGGUGUACCGAGUGCCUGGAGAAUAUCGUCGUGGCCGGAUUACAAGGAUUCCGAGAGGUUCCUUUUGAUCGGAGAUGGAAAACUCCCGAACGUGACGGUGGGGGACACGUUUUUCCAGGAACGAAUGGAAUUUUGGGACGAAUUAUACGUAAACAUAACACCGUACCUAAACUUUGUCCAAAAAGAAUCCAAAGACGUUUCCAACACUUCCACGAACCGUUGCCUAGGAAUAUUAUUGUAUUUGACAUCGACCUUAUUUGCGAUCUACUUUCCAUAAACGAAAUUCAACCUAUACAUAUGUAUAUACAUAUAUACAUAUAUUACAAUAUAAAUUAUUCCU